GGAGCCGGUUGUACAGCCUUACUUGUCGCAGUUGUUUCAAGGAAAUUAGAAUUAACACGCGCUGAAAAGCAUGUGCAUAAUUUUAUGAUGGAUACACAACUGACUAAAAGGCUAAAAAAUGCUGCAGCGAAUGUUCUUCGUGAAACUUGGCUCAUUUACAAACAUACGAGACUAGUAAAACGGAUUAAUCCUGGUCGUGUAAGAACCCACCAAAGAAAGUUCCUUCUAGCUAUAUAUGCGUGAGUAUUUUUGCAGCCAUCACACUUACUUAUCCAGUUUAAUUUAUAGUUAGUUUUUGAAUUUGUUUUGCUUAAAAAUUUAU